AAUAACGUCAGAAAUUUACAGUGCCUGCUACAAAAGGCUUCGAAAAUUGGUUUCCGACCCAGAAAAUAUUUUUUGCCUGCUUCGCGCCACCUAUAACAAAAUGCUAUUUCUGGAAAUAAAAAAAUAUUUAGUUCUUGACUGCCGCGUAUAGUCCAAACUUUGUGUUCCAAAAUCAAAAUUCAAUUUUUAGAGGCGUACAUAAAAGAUCCUCAUCUACAGAUAAAUAUCCAAGAGGCGUUUAUAAUGGAAAUCACCUUCCCUAACACUAGAGCUCUCGUCACUGGUGCCUCCAAAGGCAUCGGGAAGGACAUUGCCAUAAAACUUGCCCAAUGUGGAGCGCAGGUAAUGGCGAUAGGAAGGAGUCAGGCAGAUUUGGAUUCGCUUAAGAAUAUCCAUCCCUCGAUAGAAACAAUAACUUUAGAUUUGAGAAAUUGGCAAUCCACAGAAGAUACCUUGAAGAACAUAGAAUCGGUCGAUCUUUUAGUUAACAAUGCUGGAGAAGGCAUGAUUAAACCUGUUUUAGAUGUGGAGGAGAAAGAUAUAGAUAGAAUUUUUGAUCUCAACGUUAAGGGACUCAUGCACGUCACAAAAUUAGUUUUAAAGGACAUGCUUAGGAGGAAAUCUAGCGGAGCCAUCGUAAACGUGUCUUCCCAAGCGGGUCUUGCUGGGUUAUAUGCCCAAUCGGUGUAUUGCGCAAGUAAAGGAGCAGUCGAUGCUUACACGAGAGCCUUAGCAUUGGAAAUGGGGCCCCAAAAUAUUAGAGUUAAUUCGGUAAAUCCAACCGUUGUCAUGACGGAAAUGGGUAAAAAAUGGUGGAGUGAUCAGAACAGGGCAGCCGAUAUGUUGUCAAAAAUCCCUUUGGGAAGGUUUGCUAAUGUGAAUGAAGUAGUGGAUGUGGUCAUAUUUCUUCUUAGCGACAAAGCUAGUAUGGUCAACGGAGUGUGCGUUCCCAUAGAUGGAGGAUACACAUGUACAUAAAUAAAUAUUUGCUUAAAUUUUGCGACAGUGUAAUUCUAACUGAAAACCAAAAUAUAACUACGCGAACAUU